GUUUAUAAGCAGUGAGUGAGCGUAAGUAGUUUGCCUGCGCCGACUCAGACGGACGGCGAUGGCGUCGGUAAGCACGUGGGUGAGGGCUGCGUUAGAUGCAGGGACAAUGAGGGGUGUGUUGAGGAGCCAUGCCAUUUUGGCAGAUGGGUCGAGGGAAGCGGGAUCCGCGUACAGUGUCAGCGUCAAGAGCGACCGGUCCGACGGUGUUUGCGGAAGGGUGCGGUUGUCGGACCCCCUGCGCACAGGCGGCAUCUCCCGCCAAGGAGUCUCAAUUGACGAAGGGGUGUCUGCGAUGUCAGCGCAGGGAUCCUGUUGUCGCCAGCCAGGGGGGGCAAACUGGCGGCGAGAGGCGGGAAUGACACAUUAUCGGUCUGCCAAAACGUCGGGAAGUAUAACCCCCCUUCUGGACAUCUCGUUUGUUGAAAACCCGGUGGGGAAGACUGGCGCGCUUGAUCUGGUCGUACAGUGCGCCACGCGUCACGCUCGCCGGGGAGCUGUCAUUUGCAUGUGCGACAAUACUGCCCCCCUGGGUGAUGCCGAUAUGGGCACUUUUGCCACGUUGCAAACGACGGAGCGCAGUCCAAUUGAUCGAGAGGAGGGCGGCGUCGGUGAUGGGAAGAAGGGUGCAGGCGAUGAUGAUGAUAGAAGCAGUCGUGAGGCGAGCACGGGUGGUGGAGAUGGGGGGGCGACAGGAGGAGGAGGAGGAGGAGGCCAUGGCGGCGGUGGUGGCGAUGACUUGCCUGAUCGGGAAAGCGGCGACGGCGGGGGAGAUUUCUUUGGCCCCGUUCUCACUGCCAAAGAAGUUCAGAGCAUUGUCGCAGUCCAAGGAGUUGAUCUCCCUGAUGACAUGGCUACAGCUGCCGUCCUGACGGGUAUCCCUGCCCUCCUCCUCUCUCGCUAUAUCGAACUCCAGGGCCUGCCUUGGCCUCUGGGCCCUGCUAUUCAAUCCAGUGGCCUGCUUAGGGAGCGUAUGCUCGCCGACCCUAAGUUCCUUUUUAAAGUACUCACGGAGAUUACUAUUGAUUCUGGCUGUGCCACGUUUGCAGAAGUGAAGAAGCGUGGCGCAGAGUUCUGGGAUGAGUUUGAGUUUUAUUUAUCGGACCUAUUGGUGGGUAUCGUUCUAGAUGUGGCUCUUGUGGGCAUGCUUGCCCCCAUUGUCACCUUUGGGACGGUCAAUCACAGUAGUAAGGGAUUGCAGGGGAGCCUCUCUCGGAUCUUGAGCCAACUUCCCAACAGUGUUUUUGAAGCUGCAAGUCCUGGCCGCUCGUUUACAGUCAAUCAGAGGGUGGCAACCCUCUUUGUCAAGGGUGCACAAUACGGAGUAGCAGGGUUCUUGUGCGGAGUAGUGGGUCAGGGUAUAGCAAACACCUUAAUGACAUUCAAGAGGAGCUUGAACAAGGGCAAGGACGGCUCCGAUGUCCCCAUUCCCCCUCUGCUGAAGAGUGCAGCCUGCUGGGCACUUUUCAUGGGAGUGUCCUCCAAUUUGCGUUAUCAAAUGAUCAAUGGCAUGGAACGGGUCGUGGAGAGUUCAGUGAUGGCUAAGAACGUGCCACUGGUGGCAAUGGCUUUCACUGUGGGUAUUCGUUUUGCAAACAACAUUUAUGGGGGCAUGCAGUUUGUUGAUCUUGCACGAUGGGCGGGCAUUCAAUAGCCUUGGCUCCACCCCGCUGCACUGCCUUCCCCCCCCCCCCCCCCCCCCCCCCCCCCCCCCCCCCCCCGACUCGUCAAUACUCUCUUUUCUCUCUCACCGACAUACACACACACACACGCUACAGACUCACAUUCUAGACACAGAUGAGUCGGUGAAAGUCCGACGAAACAGUCUGGCACAUGCAUGCUUUUUUUGCGGAGUUUUGUAUAGCGAACACGACAACACACACACACGCUGGAACAGGGGGUGUUGUGCUGAAAUUCCAUAACACACAGACACACACACAGUGUCACACAUACACACACACAACACACACAGACACACACAACACACACACAUCAACACACACAGUGUCACACAUACACACACACACACACACACAACACACACACUCACAUACAGAGGGGACUCGAGGACAGUGGAGUUCCUCUGCCAUGAAUGUUUUCCUUGUGAGAGGGUUUUGUCCUCCAACGGGCCAUGUUUUGGUUCUAUUAUUAGCUCUACCGGUAGUCUAGAUUGGUGUACCUGGGUGGUGGCUGGAGGGAACACCAGUAGGACUCCUGAUUGCACAGGCUAACGGUUCCAAUCUUAUCCUAUUUACCGAUGUUUUCUGGGGAAGUCCACACUGAUAAUGCUGCUGAAGUUUUGUCUCAGCAAGAGGCUCGUGCAGGUGCACGUCCCACGGACAGGUGUGUAGGGAGCCCUGAAUUUGACGAAGGGCCAGUGUUGGUGGUGUCUUCCUCUUGUUCUAUGGUGCGUUAUAUGGAGUCCUCCUGCAUAACACACACAGCCAAAGGGUCUCUACCAGCCCUAUAGUGACGAAGCAGCCUUAAGUCAGGUGAAAAUUGCUACCGCUACUGGAAGAUGGACUGCAGUUUACAGAUACUCACAGUAGGACUUUUUUACUCUUUUGAGGAGGUAAUUGCGAUCAGAUACAUGCUGGUCUGGCCUAGAAUGAGGUCAGAUGCAUUGAAGAUAGUGUGACUGUGAGUACGCGGGCUGACAUGCCUUCAGCUGGAGGAUGAGUUGCAGUUCGCCAGGUGUUAGUUUUGGGUGAUUUAAAGCACCACCGUCUUCCCCCGAACACAACGCACCCUCAUUAUGGGGCUGUACCGGACCGGAAAGAUUGCUUCCAUACAUUCAUUAUCAGGGUGCAUUACGUUCGGGGGAAGACGGUAGUACACCACACAUCGGCCCAUGGGUGUCAGCACAAAACCCGCACCAGCCGCCAAUUUUUUUUUCAACGGUGCCCCACGCCGUGCGGCCCUCCGUGUUUUGCUUGUGGCGACAAAAACCUUCUGCAUGGCUGGGUCCAUGUACUUGCGGUCUAACAUACCCCGCGGUUAUGCCUGUUUUGAGUGCAAGUCGCUUGCUUCGGCAGGUUCUCCUAAGCUGCAGGUUGUCCUAAGCUGUGGUUGGACAUGCGAUCACAGUAGCUAUCUUCUUCCAUUGAUCCCUGAAGGCGUUUAUGGCCUCUCCAUAGCACGUUAGCACCAUUGCGGAUAGAUGAGAAUGGUUGUCGGUUCCAUAGCACGUUACGGCUCAGACUCUGUUCUAUUUUGGGCCCAGAGAUUAGAAUGGUUGUCAGUUCCACUCUAUGCUCUCAUUUUUUUUCAUUUUCACUUAAACAACCAGUACACCCAGGCCUUGAGGCGCGCUCCACUGCACGUCAAGCUUUGCCGAA